AUGACGACAGCGUCACAGGAGGAUGGCGGGAGGUUGCGGAGGGCGUCGGAGGACGCAAAUGCGAACGCAGCCUUAGCGAAGAUGGGAUAUAAGAGCGAGCUGCCUCGAAAUCUGGGCAUGAUGAGUGUUCUUGGUCUGUAUGUUGUCGCGGUCACCCCGUUCAAGCUAUUCGGCGUAUCGGAGUCGUCCUUCGCUAUCAUGGCUGCGCCUUUCGGCCUGAGUACUACGUUAUAUAUCACUCUUACGGACGGACAGUCGGUCACUAUAAUCUGGGGUUGGGUGCUCGUUACUCUGAUUUCGAUAGCUAUCGCAGCUUCACUUGCCGAGAUAUGUUCCGUAUACCCAACAGCGGGUGGAGUGUAUUACUGGAGUGCGAUGCUGUCAACGAGGGAAUGGGCGCCGCUAAUGUCAUUUAUUGACGGGUGGCUGACAUUAGUGGGAAACUGGACUGUGACGCUGAGCAUAAACUUCUCGGGAGGCCAACUGAUUCUGAGUGCGAUUUCGCUUUGGAAAGAAGACUUCGUGCCCAACCAGUGGCAGACGAUCUUGAUGUUCUGGGCUGUUAUGCUAGUGUGCGCGCUGGUAAAUGUUUUUGGAUCGCGAUAUCUGGACCUCAUCAAUAAAAUAUGCAUUUUUUGGACUGCAUCAAGUGUACUUAUCAUUAUGGUCACAUUGCUCUCGCUCGCUGAUCAGAGAAGAAGCGGGAAAUUCGUCUUUACGCACUAUGAUGCAUCCGCUAGUGGAUGGCCGACCGGUUGGGCAUUUUUUGUCGGCUUGCUCCAGCCUGCUUAUACCCUGACUGGUUACGGCAUGGUUGCAGCCAUGUGCGAGGAAACACAGAAUCCACAUCGGGAAGUUCCCAGGGCUAUUGUUCUCUCCGUCGUCGCGGCCGGUGUAACCGGCCUUGUCUAUCUAAUCACCCUUCUUUUCGUCCUCCCAGAAGUCAAGAUGCUCCUAUCGGUUGCCAACGGUCAACCAAUCGGUCUUCUCUUCAAGACAGUCACCGGCUCGGCUGCUGGUGGGUUCGGCAUGCUCUUUUUGAUCAUGGGAAUUCAAAUAUUUGCCGGGAUUGGUGCUCUCACUGCUGCCAGCCGCUGCACUUACGCCUUUGCCCGUGACGGCGCUAUACCAGGAUCUCGACUCUGGAAACGGGUAAAUGGUCGACUUGGCGUCCCAUUGUGGGGGAUUGUUCUCUCGACUGUAGUCGACUGCCUCCUAGGUCUGAUCUACUUUGGUUCCGCGGCAGCAUUUAACUCCUUCACUGGUGUUGCUACGAUCUGUCUAUCGACAUCGUAUGGUCUACCGAUUUUGAUAUCCAUUGUUCGUCGGCGCAAGAUGUUUAAAAAUGCGCCCUUCUCUUUGGGGAAGUUCGGCUAUGCGAUUAACAUUACAGCAAUCUGCUGGAUAUGUUUCUCUACCUUCCUUUUCUGUUUACCGGUGUCAUUGCCAGUGACGCCAUCGAGCAUGAAUUAUGCAAGUGUUGUAUUUGCUGGGUUUGCCACGAUCAGUGUUGCGUGGUACUUUGUCCGGGCUCGCAAAGCGUUUACAGGACCUCCAAUGGCGAUGGACGACGUCAGGAAAGAUGAAGCUGGCGUGUUGGCUGGUAGGACCGUGCCUCAUACCGAGGACGGGGUUACAUCUUUAGAUAAAUCUGAGCCAGAGAAGCAACAUGUGGAACAUGAGAUGAAGAGGGAAUGA